AUGGCUCCCAGUCGCUUCAGCUGGAGCGGGCUCCUCGGUUUGAGCUCGCACCCUUCUCACGACCACCAUCAGUCUCAUCAUCGUCUACUGCCGAGCUACCGCGAUGACUCGAUUGUGUCGGCAAUUCCCGCAGAGGAUGUCACCAAAAUCGCCAUCCGCAUCCGCUAUCUCGUCGAGGAGUGUGUCCCCUGCGAGCUCGCCGAAGAGCUGAUCACUCAACCGCACAGCAGGAUCAUCACCCGCAAGGUCGUUUUGGCUGCUAAGGAGGCUGGCGGUGCCGAGCACCGCGCCUGUGUUGUCUUCUGUCUUCUCACCUCCAAGCGGUGGUUCAAACACCAGGCUCUCGUCGAGCUCUGGGAUGCCGACCUGCACAAGCUCCGCGCAAAGGCCUGCGAGAUGAUUGCAAAGUACAUCAUUGAGGACGAGGACAACAUGGAUUACCUCCUCCAACAGGUCCUCCUCAAGCGCUACUCUAUUAUCUCUGACGGUGCCCCAACCCGUCCUGUCAAUGUCAUCGAACAGGCUGUCGAUCUCCAUGCUCUCCCUGUCAUCGCCUCUUCCGGCUACCAGAAGUGCAUUAGCUAUCUGUGGCGUGGGUGGCUAGUUCAGGAUGAAAAUGAUCCCUCCAGCUUCGUCGACUACAAGAACAGGGACAACACUUCCUUCUGGCCGCAUCUCGACCCAGACCGCAUGCGCGCGCCCGUUUACCAGAACGCAUUCCAGCUCCUCGUCUCGAUCCUCUAUUUGGUCUUGUACACCAUCGUCAUCAACACCAUCAAUGCGAAGGGUGGGCUCGAUAUAGUCGAGAUCAUUCUGUACAUCUUCACCGCAGGCUUCAUCUUCGACGAGCUUACCAAAUUUUACAAGGCUGGCUAUCACAUCUUGGGUUUCUGGAACGCCUUCAAUAACACGCUCUACUCUCUUCUCGUCGUCUCGCUGGCAUUCCGCAUAGUCGCCCUGGGUUAUCCCGUAGAUCAUGACACUGAAGGGGGUGGCGACCGCGAGAAGUACAACUCUCUCAGCUACAACCUCCUCGCCCUGACCGCUCCGAUGUUCUAUGGACGUCUGCUUCUCUACCUCGACACUGUGCGCUUUUUCGGUGCCAUGUUGGUGGUUCUCAAGGUGAUGAUGAAGGAAUCCCUGAUCUUCUUCGCGCUCCUUGUCGUGGUCAUCAUCGGUUUCCUGCAAGCAUUCAUCGGUAUGGACGUAGCCGAUGAUGGUGUGGGAGAUGCCACACUUUUCAUUUUGCAAGCUAUGGUAAAUGCGAUUAUGCAAAGCCCCGACUUCUCUGGCUUUGAACGCUUUGCUCAUCCUUUCGGCAUCAUUCUGUACUAUAUCUUCACAUUCGUCAUCAUGGUCAUUUUGUUGAACAUCCUUAUUGCUCUCUACAACAGUUCUUACGAGGACAUUUACCAGAACGCUGAUGAUGAGUAUUUGGCUCUUUUCUCACACAAAACCAUGCAGUUCGUUCGCGCCCCUGAUGAGAAUGUAUUUAUUGCACCGUUCAACUUGAUCGAGAUAUUCGUUCUUGUCAUUCCGUUUGAGUGGUGGCUACCGAAGGAGCAGUACGAGUACCUCAACGAUGCCAUCAUGGGAAUCAUCUACUCGCCCCUGCUUUUCGGCGCGGCCAUUUUCGAAACGAGAACGGCCAACGAGAUUCGCUUCAAUCGCCAGAGAGGCGAGGCCGACGACGACUCGAUUGAAGAGUGGGAAGAGUUGCAAGACCAGGUCGACUUCGAGGGUGAUGGCUGGGCCAAGAAGGUCUGCGACAGCAAGAGCAAUGUCGAAGAAGAACCAGCUGUGGUUGAGGUCAAGAAACUCAGGCAGGAAAUUGACGAGCUAAAGGACAUGCUUAAGUCCUUGACCAAAAGCUUGGAGGCAAAGAAGGAAGACAGCAGCCUCAUAUAA